AUGGCUUUUCAUGUUUGAGAAACGAUCAAGGGAGAGAAUCUUAAAUUCAGCUUGAAGAAUUUGUUGUUCUGAAAUAAGCAGAAGCGUAUAAAAGUGGCAGAAAUAUAACCACCAACAAUACUUUGACAAGCGAGUAAUUAACGACUAAAUAUUUAGAAAAAAAAAGAGAAGCUUGUUGGAAUUAUUCGUGGAAAUAGAAAGGAGCUAACAAAAUUGACGAGAGAGACAAAGGACAAUAUGACACAUUUCAUUAAAUUAUACCGGUCAGAUAACUAUAUUCUGACAAUUUACAAAAUGAAACCCAAUAAGAAAGUACUGGAAUUUAUCUGA